AUUGUAACAAAAAAAAAAAAAAACGUCAAACCCGAAUAUUUUUCUUCCCUCUCUCCCACGCGCUAAAACCCUCCAAUUAGGGUCAGAAGUCGACCCCAGAAUCGUGCUAGCUCCAUGAAUCUCCCCGCAGAAGCCUUGCUUAGGGUUCUUUCUCUCUGAAUCCAGAAACCCUAAUCCCCAGAUCGGGUUUGGUUUUGCUCCCUCUUCUUAUGGCGAUCAUCGGCGACGCGCUUCGCCAGGCGUUCAUGCCGAAGCACGAGUACGAGAGCCUCCGGGAAGAGGAGAAGGCCUGGGGCCGCCUCCAGAGGCCCCUGGCUGCGGCCCUCGCGGUGGCGCUCGGCCUUGCUGUCGUCAUCGCUGUCUCCGUGAGCACGAGCAUCGUCUUCCCCGGGGAUGCCAGCCAGCGGCCGUUCUGCCGGGACCGCAGGAUCCAGGCACUGCCGAUGAACGCCACCCAGGAGCCUGAUAUGUACGGAUACCACGGCGCAUUCUAUUUGACGGACGAGGAGGCGGCGGACUAUUAUUGGAUGGUUGUCUUCAUCCCAUCGGCGAUCGUCUUCUUGGCUUCGGUCAUCUACCUCCUGGCCGGAAUAGCUGUUGCUUAUUCUGCUCCAAGAAGACACAUAUGCCUCAAGGUAGUUGAAAAUAACUAUUGUGCAUCGAAGAGAGCAAAGUGGGAUUGCAAAAGAGUUAAUCUUAUGAUCUUUCAACUCUUGUGGUGUUAUUAUGUUCUUGAAGGUUGCAAGUGGUUUCUAGUCUGUCCUGUUGGCGAUAAAGAUAAGGUAGUCAUGAUGCUUGUUUUGCCUAUUUUUUUUGGAACUCCAAUUUCUAUGUUCACAUUAUUCAUUAUGUUCACAUUAUUCAUUUACUUUUUCCUAAUCCAGUCGUACUCGGAUCAGGCUUGGUAUAACAUUUGAGACAGAUUGUUCAAUUCUAACCAUUUUGAUCAACUCUGAUCAACUCUUUUUCCACUAGGAGGUGAGGACACGGUGCUGAGUUGCAUUGCUAAAUGAAUUAUCAAAAUGUAUUUUGUUUUGGGAUGCAUCUCAUGCAAAAAUCUUACUUCUGUGGUUGGGCCCAAUUAAAAAGUUUGUCAAAAAUCCAAUCCUGUGGUGUUGCAUCUGAAUUGUGAUUGGAAUUUAUCUCAUGCUGCUAAAAUCUUACUUCUAUGGUUGGGCCCAAUAAAAAAAUUUGCCAAAAAUCCAAUCCUGUUGCAUUGCAUGUGAAUUGUGAUCCAAAUACCUGUGUGGAGUGAUGCAAAGUAAAUUAGCAACAUGUUUGCUCCCCCACAAUGAAAUUGAUUUCUUUUGUACCUGUAGUCAAAACAUAACCAUUUUCUAAAUUGUAACAUAAUCUUGUAGGUGGGGUACGUUGUCUAUCAAUACUCAAUGUUGUGUUUGCCGUGAUCUUUGGUCUUCUUGCACUAUUUCUUGGAUCAAGCCUCCUCACAUUAGGGAGUAGUUGCUCUGUCCCGCUCUUCUGGUGUUAUGAGAUUGCCUCUUGGGGUCUGGUAAUCUUGUAUGGUGGUACUGCCUUCUUUCUGAGAAGAAAAGCAGCAGUGAUCCUUGAUGAGGGUGAGUAUGCGGGGCGAAACCUUGGAUUGGAGAUGUUGGAAUCAGCCAGAGAAGUGACACCAGAAAUGGAGAGGCGUGUGAAUGAAGGUUUUAAGGCAUGGAUGGGAUCUUCCCUCCUUUCUUCUGAUGAAGAAGAAGAGCCUGAUUUUUUUCUAGAGGCGGCUGAACCAAUUCUGACCGACUCUAACCUGCAAAGAGGGUGAAGUUUGUCAUUUGGAAUUCUG